AUGACGCACCCGCAGGACGACGUGCUGCGCUCCAGCCUCGAGCAGCCCGAGGCCUUCUGGGCCCGCCAGGCCGAGCACCUCGACUGGCACACCAAGCCCGAGACGGCGCUGCGCAGGACGCGGCGGGCCCUCGGUGACGGCGAUGCCUGGGAGUGGUUCCCCGGAGGCGAGAUCUCGACCUGCCACAACUGCCUCGACAGACACGUCGUCGCCGGCCAUGGAGACCGCGUCGCCCUCUACUGGGACAGCCCCGUCACCGCCACAAAGGAACGCUACACGUAUCGCCAGCUGCUCGAUGAGGUCGAGGUCCUGGCCGGCGCCCUGCGGGAGGAAGGCGUGCGAAGGGGAGAUGUCGUCAUGCUCUACAUGCCCAUGAUCCCCGCUGCCGUCGUCGGCAUCCUCGCCAUCAACCGCCUCGGCGCCGUCCACUCGGUCGUCUUUGGCGGCUUCGCCCCCAACGCCCUGGCCCAGCGCAUCGACGCCUGCCGCCCCGUCCUCCUCCUGACGGCCUCGUGCGGCAUUGACGGUGCCAAGCCGCCCCAGGCCUACCGCCCGCUCGUCGAAGAAGCUGUCGGCCUCGCCACCCACAAGCCCUCGCGCACCCUCAUCUGGCAGCGUGAACAGCUCCGCUGGACCCCGGUCAACCGCCGUGACGGGCAGGCCACCUGGCAAAAGGUGACGAGGAGCGCGCGCGCAAGGAAUAUCCGGGCCGACUGCGUGCCCGUCGGCAGCAACGACACCGUCUACAUCAUCCACACGUCCGGCACGACAGGCGCGCCCAAGGGAGUCUCGCGGGACGCGGCCGGCCACGCCGUCGGGCUGCACCUGUCCAUGAGCUACCUCUUCGGCAUCCACGGUCCCGGGGACGUCGUCUUCACCGCCUCCGACAUUGGCUGGGUCGUUGGCCACUCGUACAUUGUCUACGCGCCCCUGCUCGCCGGCGCCGCGACUGUGCUCUACGAGGGCAAGCCCGUUGGCACCCCCGACGCCUCUGCGUUCUGGCGCGUCGUCGGCGAGUACAAGGUCAACGUCAUGUUCACAGCCCCGACGGCUCUGCGCGCCAUCCGCCGCGACGACCCGGACAACCGCCUCCUGGCUCGCGUCGGCGAAUCCGGCGGCCUGCGCUCCCUCCGCGCCCUCUUCCUCGCCGGCGAGCGCUCCGAGCCCACCCUCGUGUCCAUGUACCAGGACCUGCUCGCCCGCUACGCCGCCCCCGAGGCCCAGGUCGUCGACAACUGGUGGUCCACCGAGUCCGGCUCCCCCAUCACGGGCCGUGCCCUCGUUCCCGACGCCGCCCGCGAUCGCGCCGCCCCCCGCAGAGACCAGGCCCCGCCUGCCAUGAGGCCCGGCAGCGCGGGCAAGGCCAUGCCCGGCUUCGACGUGCGCGUCGUCGACGACGAGGGCGCCGAGGUGGCCAGGCGCACCAUGGGCAACAUUGUCCUGGGCGUGCCGCUCGCGCCCACGGCCUUUCGCACACUGUGGCGCGACGACGAGAGGUUCUACAAGAGUUAUCUUGCCAGGUUCCGUGGCAAGUGGUUUGACACGGGCGACUCCGGGUGGAUCGACGAUGAGGGUUACGUGCACGUCAUGAGCAGGAACGACGACGUGCUCAACGUGAGCGCGCAUCGGCUGUCCAGUGGGGGCAUUGAGCAAGCCAUCGCGUUGCACCCGCAGGUGGCCGAGGCCUGCGUCGUGGGCAUCCCGGACGCGCUCAAGGGCCAGCUGCCCUUUGCCUUUAUCACGCUGUCAACGGCGGAGCAUCCGGCGUCGGCGGUGCCCGAGGAGAAGCUGGCGGCCGAGAUCCAGGCGCUGGUGCGGCGGCAGGUGGGCGCCAUCGCAUCGCUGGGGGGCAUCGUGCAGGGCCGGGGCAUGAUUCCGCGGACGCGGUCGGGCAAGACGCUGCGGCGGGUGCUGCGGGAGCUGGUGGAGAACGCGGUGCACGGCGAGCUGGAGCGGGAGGUGGCGGUGCCGAGCACCGUCGAGGACGCGGGCGUCGUCGAGGUGGCGCGGGCCAAGAUUGGCGAGUACUUUGGCCGCAGCGGACACCGGCACGGGGCUGUCGAGGGGAGGGCCAAGGCGAAGCUGUGA